UGAAGAGCUUCCAAAGCACUCUCUUCUUUAAUUGGUUUCCUUUUAGAAAUUAAGUUCAAAACCCUUUUUAUAAACACUCUUCUUUCCAUUGAACCUCUCCAUACUCUUCCAAUCAUGUUCACUUCAUCCACUUUUGAGCUCAUAUUUCUUGCUGCUUCAAACUCUCACAUUCUCUUUUGUUUUUGCAAUCUCAUAAUAGCCAUCUUACUCAUUGGCACAAAACCUGUCUUCAGUUUUCAUCGACAAGUCACGAAUCCACCUCCCGUGUUCACCGUCAAUGAAGGAUCACACUACAUGGUUGAUAACGACAUGAGUAUCAUUGGAACACCAAUAAUAACUCAAAAUGCAAUGGUUGAUGAUGGAGAUCAUGAGACCGCGGAUGUAGAUGAUGGCGAUGAUAAACAAAAUGUAUCUAUCGUCAACAAAGAACAUACUCGAGAAGACGACGACGAAGAAGAAGAAGAAAUGAUGGAAGAAGAAGAUUGCGAAGGAGAUGAAUUGAGAAGGAGAGUUGAAGAGUUCAUAAACAAGACUAACAAAGCAUGGGAGGCUGAAAAGCUAGGACAUAUUCCUAUAUAUAGUUCAUAGUAUUUUUAGUGAAGUUGUGUUUUAUGUUUAUUUUCUUGGCCAUAUAUUUUCAAGAUAUAGUUUCCUUCUUUCGACUAUUUUCCUACUUGUAGAAUGUGGAAAGAUGAACUAUAAAAGAGGUGGUAGAAUCAUUAAGUUUA